AAUUCAAUUCAUUCAUUCUUCUCAACCUGUUUGACCCUGUCUGGACUCUGUUCCUCCAAUUACUCCCUAUCGGAUCUUCGGAGUUGAUCAAGACUCUCCCUGCUUCCGGUUUUAUCAUGGAAAGCGACGGAUCAAGCUGCCUGCCACUCCCCCCAGAUGUGGAGAAUCGGAUCGUCUCCGACCUUCUGAAGGAAUCCGAGUCUAAUUUGAAAGAAGGCAAUCUCCACUAUGUUGUUUCUAAUCGGUGGUUUAGAAGAUGGCAAUUAUAUGUCGGACAGCCUACUGAAGAAUUUUCUAGCAAAGAUCAUUCCUCUGAUUCCCCGCACAUGAACGUGUCUCUGUUCAACGUUCCAAGACCCGGUCCUAUUGAUAAUUCAGAUAUAAUCAUUAACGGAGGUGAUUCUGAGAAUAACGAACUGGAGAUAGAAAGAUUUUUGGUGGAACGACGGGAUUAUGUUUUGGUGCCCGGUGAAGUUUGGGAGAAACUUUUUGAUUGGUAUAAAGGAGGGCCACCGUUACCAAGAAAGUUGAUAUCCCAAGGUGUCACUCAAAAAAAUUUUUAUGUGGAGGUUUAUCUACUUUGUCUAAAAUUGAUUGAUUCCAGGGAUGGAAGUGAAUCUACCAUACGAUUGAGCAAGAAGGCCACCAUAUCUGAUCUUCGUGAGAAGGUGUUUGCACUUAAAGGAGUAGAGCAAAAAGAGGCGUGUAUAUGGGACUACUUCAACAAAUGGAAACAAUCAGUAUUGGAUGGGACGAGCCAAACCCUUGAAGAACUAAACUUGCAGAUGGAUCAACAUAUCCUCCUUGAAGUUGAUGGAACUACUCUUCAGACCGGGGGUGCAGUGAUGUCAAAUGGACAUUCAUCCAGUUAUGGUAAUCAGGGAAGUUCUUUCAGCACAUCAGUUUCUGACAUGGAUGAUAGAAAUGACGUUAGUAGUACUGCAAAGAACAGAGGGAGGGGUGGUUUGAUAGGGUUGCAGAAUUUAGGAAAUACAUGUUUCAUGAAUAGUGCCCUUCAAUGCUUAGUUCAUACGCCACCCUUUGUAGAAUAUUUUUUACAAGAUUAUUCUGAAGAGAUCAACUCCGACAAUCCUUUGGGAAUGCACGGAGUGUUUGCCCUUGCUUUUGGUGAAUUGUUGAGGAAAUUAUGGUUGCCAGGACAAAGCUCAAUUGCACCACGUGCAUUUAAGGGAAACUUAGCUCGUUUUGCUCCCCAGUUCAGUGGUUAUAACCAGCACGAUUCCCAAGAACUUCUUGCAUUCUUACUGGAUGGUCUGCAUGAAGAUUUGAAUCGUGUUAAGAGGAAACCUUAUUUUGAAACAAAGGCUUCUGAUGGUCGUCCAGAUGUAGAAGUUGCGGACGAGUGUUGGAGAUACCAUAAAGCUCGAAAUGAUUCUAUAAUUGUGGAUGUUUGUCAAGGUCAAUAUAAGUCAACAUUGGUUUGUCCAGUUUGUAGAAAGAUUUCCAUUACUUUUGAUCCAUUUAUGUAUUUGUCAUUGCCGCUACCUUCAACUGUCACCCGCAGUGUGACAGUGAGUGUGUUCUAUGGUGACGGUAGUGGUCUUCCAAUGCCAUACACUGUGACAGUACAAAGACAUGGUUGCACCGAGGAUCUCACCCUUGCAUUGGCUACAGCGUGCUGCUUGAAGAGUGAUGAAGAUCUUCUGCUUGUAGAGGUUUAUGAUCACAAGAUUUACCGAUAUUUUGAUAACCCUCUUGAAUUUUUGGCCUCAAUUAAAGAUGAAGAGUAUCUAGUUGCCUUUCGCCUUCCAAAAAGGGAAUCUGGAAGACCAAAGCUAGAGAUCAUUCACAGAUCGGUGGAAAAAUACUCAACAGACCAUUCGAAGGGCUUGGAGAGAAAGCUUUUCGGAACUCCUUUAGUCACAUAUCUGGGAGAAGAGUUCCAUAGUGGAGCUGACAUAAAUGCAGCUGUGUCUAAGAUCCUCUUUCCCUUGAGAAGAACAUACUCUUCAACUGUAUCUCAUAGUCAGUCUGUUUCUAGGAGCCAGUCAAUGGACAAUGAAGUAGAGGAGACAUCUGAAAAAGAGUUAUUCUUUCAACUUCUUUUAACCGAUGCUGGGGGUGUGAGCUGCAAGCCAAUUGGUAAGGAUUCUGCUAUAAAACAUGGUCCACUUAUAAAGGUUUUCUUGGAUUGGACCGACAGAGAACGUAAACUAUAUGACGUGGGCUACAUCGAGGAUCUUCCUCCUGUUCACCAGACAAGAUUCAUGAAGAAAACACGGCAGGAAGCAACCUCUUUAUUUUCAUGCUUGGAAGCAUUCCUGACUGAAGAACCUUUAGGUCCUGAUGAUAUGUGGUACUGCCCUGUGUGCAAAGAACAUGGACAGGCUACAAAGAAGUUAGACUUGUGGAAGUUGCCAGAGAUUAUUGUGUUUCACUUGAAACGUUUUUCGUACCGCAGACACCUUAAAAGAAAACUCGAUACCUUUGUUGAUUUCCCUAUUCACAAUCUUGACUUGAGCAAAUAUGUGAAGAGCAAUGAUGGAAAAUCUUACUUAUACAAUCUAUAUGCCAUUAGCAACCAUAAUGGCGGUCUUGGCAGAGGGCACUACACUGCAUAUUCAAAGUUAAUCGAUGAGAAGAGGUGGUACCACUUCGAUGACAGUCACGUUGCCCCGGUCGACGAAGAAGAGAUCAAGACAUCGGCUGCUUAUUUGCUGUUCUAUCAAAGAGUUGAAAAAUGAAAUUGGAAAAAAGCAUCACAAGCCCUCCACCAGAAAUGGAUAUUAUGACUCUGGAUUGUGCUGUUUCAGCUGCGUUCCGGCUGCUACAAGAAAGCUUAACUUUUCAUGGUCAAGCAUUAAUGAAGGCCAAUCAAAGGGAGAAAUAGAAUAGUUCAAACGAGGAAUUCUACAGUUUGGAGGUACAUAAAAGCGUCCUACAGUUUAGAGGUACAUAAAGGCGUCCUACAGUUUAGAGGUACAUAAAGGCGUCCUACAGUUUAGAGGUACAUAAAAGCGUAUAUUCAUCAACUCUUUGAGAUAAAUUUUGUUGUGUGAUUAGGUAGGUCGUGUAGAUUUGUAGCAAAUUUGCCUCGAAUGGCAAAGUGGUGGCUGCCAUUCAUUUGUUGUUAGCUGUUACCAUGGUGGCUGCUGACCAUUUACUGUUGUUACUGAUUAACUCAAGGAAAUUUUUAGUGUAAUGCAAAACUUAGGCCAACCCUUUCCAUUGACAUCAUUUUAAAUCACAAUUGAAGCUCUCUCUGAACGUCUAAA